UCCUGCCCUUCCCUUCUCCCUCCCGCGUCUCCCGCUGCAGGUGAAAUAAAAGCACGCCAGGAUGGAUAUUUACGACACUCAAACCUUGGGAGUUGUGGUCUUUGGUGGAUUCAUGGUUGUUUCUGCCAUUGGCAUCUUCCUGGUGUCUACCUUCUCCAUGAAGGAGACAUCGUAUGAGGAAGCCCUAGCCAACCAGCGCAAGGAGAUGGCAAAAACUCACCACCAGAAAGUAGAAAAGAAAAAGAAGGAGAAGACAGUGGAAAAGAAAGGAAAGACCAAGAAAAAGGAAGAGAAACCAAAUGGGAAGAUACCUGAUCAUGAGUCAACCCCCAACGUGACCAUCCUCCUCAAAGACGCAGUGCGGGUACCUGCCGCAGCUGUGGCUCCAACCCAAGUCCAGCCCUCUGCGGUCAUCGCCCCUGUAGCCACAGUACCAGCCAUGCCCCAAGAGAAGCUGGCCUCUUCCCCUAAAGACAAGAAGAAGAAGGAGAAAAAAGUGGCAAAGGUGGAACCAGCAGUCAGUUCUGUAGUAAAUUCCAUCCAGGUUCUUGCCUCCAAAGCUGCCAUCUUGGAAACCGCUCCCAAGGAAGUACCUAUGGUGGUUGUGCCCCCAGUGGGUGCCAAGGGUACCCCAGCCAUUGCACAAGGCAGAAAGGCAGAUGGUGCCCAGAACCCGGGCAAAAAGGCAGAGGCUGCCCAAAACCAGGGCAAAAAGGCAGAGGGAGCCCAGAAUCAGGGCAAAAAGGGAGAAGGGGGCCAGAAUCAGGGCAAAAAGGCAGAGGGAACUCCCAACCAGGGCAAAAAAGCAGAGGGGACCCAGAACCAGGGCAAAAAGGCAGAGGCUGCCCAAAACCAGGGCAAAAAGGCAGAGGGGGCCCAGAAUCAAGGGAAAAAGACAGAGGGGGCCCAGAAUCAGGGUAAAAAAGUAGAGGGGGCCCAGAACCAGGGCAAAAAGGCAGAGGCUGCCCAGAACCAGGGCAAAAAGUCAGAGGGGACCCCCAACCAGGGCAAAAAGGCAGAUGGGGGUCAGAACCAGGGCAAAAAGGCAGAGGGGACCCCCAACCAGGGCAAAAAGGCAGAGGGGGGUCAGAACCAGGGCAAAAAGGCAGAAGGGACCCCCAACCAGGGCAAAAAGGCAGAGGGGGGCCAGAACCAGGGCAAAAAGGCAGAGGGGACCCCCAACCAGGGCAAAAAAGCAGAGGGGGGCCAGAACCAGGGCAAAAAGGGAGAAGGGACACAGAACCAGGGCAAAAAGGCAGAGGGGGCCCAGAACCAGGGCAAAAAAGUAGAGGGGGCCCAGAACCAGGGUAAAAAGGCAGAGGGGAGCCCUAACCAGGGCAAAAAGUCAGAGGGGGGCCAGAGCCAGGGCAAAAAGGCAGAGGGAGCCCAGAACCAGGGUAAAAAGGCAGAGGGAGCCCAGAACCAGGGUAAAAAGGCAGAGGGAGCCCAGAACCAGGGUAAAAAAGUAGAGGGGGCCCAGAACCAGGGCAAAAAGGCAGAGGCUGCCCAGAACCAGGGUAAAAAAGUAGAGGGGGCCCAGAACCAGGGCAAAAAGGCAGAGGGGGCCCAGAACCAAGGCAAAAAGGCGGAGGGUGCCCAGAACCAGGGCAAAAAAGUAGAGGGAGCCCAGAACCAAGGCAAAAAGGCAGAGGGGAGCCCUAACCAGGGCAAAAAGGCGGAGGGGGGCCAGAGCCAGGGCAAAAAGGCAGAGGGGGGACAGAACCAGGGCAAAAAGGCAGAGGGGGGACAGAACCAAGGCAAAAAGGCAGAGGUAGCCCAGAACCAAGGCAAAAAGGCAGAGGGGGGUCAGAACCAGGGCAAAAAGGCAGAGGGGGGUCAGAACCAGGGCAAAAAGGCUGAUUCAGUUGCUAAUCAAGGCACAAAGGCAGAGGGGGCCCAGAACCAGGGCAAAAAAACAGAGAAGGCCUCCAAUCAAGGCAAAAAGGCAGAGGGAACCCCAAACCAGGGCAAAAAGUCAGAAGGAUCCCCCAACCAGGGCAAAAAGGAUGCAUCUGCCAAUCAGGGUAAAAAGGCAGAAUCAGCUCCUAACCAGGGCAAAAAUGCAGAUGUGAUCCAGAGCCAGGAGGCACCGAAGCAAGUGGCUUCUGCAAAGAAGUCUGGUUCAAAGAAGAAAGGAGGUGACCCUGGACUCCUGGACUCCGACAGCUCUCUCUGCCUCCCCUACCAGACCCUGGUCUCCACGGUGGGAAGCAUGGUGUUCAACGAGGGUGAGGCCCUGCGGCUCAUUGAGAUCCUCUCGGACAAGGCUGGCGUCAUUCAGGACACCUGGCACAAGGCCACUCAGAAGGGAGACCCUGUGGCGAUUCUGAAACGCCAGCUGGAAGAGAAGGAGAAACUACUGGCCACAGAGCAGGAAGACGCCGCUGUCGCCAAGAGCAAAUUGAGGGAGCUCAAUAAGGAACUGGCAGCGGAAAAGGCCAAAGCAGCAGCUGGGGAGGCCAAGGUCAAAAAGCAGCUCGUGGCCCGGGAACAGGAGAUCACCGCUGUGCAAGCGCGCAUGCAGGCCAGCUACCGGGAGCAUGUGAAGGAGGUGCAGCAGCUGCAGGGCAAGAUCCGGACUCUUCAGGAGCAGCUGGAGAAUGGCCCUAACACACAGCUGGCUCGUCUACAGCAGGAGAACACCAUCCUGAGGGAUGCCUUGAACCAGGCCACAAGCCAGGUGGAAAGCAAGCAGAAUGCGGAGCUGGCCAAGCUCCGGCAGGAGCUCAGCAAGGUCAGCAAGGAGCUGGUGGAGAAGUCAGAGUCUGCCCGGCAGGAGGAACAGCAGCGGAAGACUCUGGAGGCCAAGGCAUCUGCCUUUGAGAAGCAGGUCCUACAGCUGCAGGUGUCUCACAAGGAGAGCGAGGAAGCCCUGCAGAAGCGCCUGGACGAGGUCAGCCGGGAGCUCUGCCGCUCACAGACCAGCCACGCCAGCCUCCGGGCAGAUGCCGAGAAGGCCCAGGAGCAGCAGCAGCAGAUGGCCGAGCUGCACAGCAAACUGCAGUCCUCCGAGGCUGAGGUGAAGAACAAGUGCCAGGAGCUGAGUGGUCUACAUGGGCAGCUCAAGGAGGCCAGGGCUGAGAACUCACAGCUCACAGAAAGAAUCCGGUCUAUUGAGACCCUCUUGGAGGCAGGCCAGGCCCGGGAUUCCCAGGCCAGCCAAGCGGAGACUGAUAAGCAGCAGGCCCGCCUCAAGGAGCUGGAGUCUCAGGUGAGAUGUAUGGAGAAGGAGGCCACUGAGCUCAAGGAGGCAGUGGAGCAGCAGAAAGUGAAGAACAAUGACCUUCGAGAGAAGAACUGGAAGGCGAUGGAAGCUCUGGCCUCAGCAGAGAGAGCCUGUGAGGAGAAACUGCGCUCCAUGACCCAGGCCAAGGAGGAAUCAGAAAAGCAGCGCAGUCAGACCGAGGCCCAGACCAAAGAGGCCCUGUUGUCUCUGUUCCCUGAACUCUCCGACUCAGCACACCAGAACUACACCAAGUGGCUGCAGGAACUCAAAGAAAAAGGCACCAAGCUAUUAACGCAGUCACCGAGUCACACGGAGCCCUCCUCGGAGCUGGCUUCCAAACUGAGGGAGGCUGAGGAGACCCAGAGCACCCUGCAGGCCGAGUGUGACAAGUACCGCACCAUCCUGGCGCAGACGGAGGGCAUGCUCCAAGCCCUGCAGAAGAGCGUGGAGGAAGAGGAGCAGGUGUGGAAGAUCAAGUUGAACAACACAGAGGAAGAGCUCCAAAAGUCACGGGUCAAAGUGAAUCAUCUUGAAGAGACCGUAGAGAAGCUAAGAGGAGAACUGGAAAGUUCAGACCAGGUGAGGGAGCACACCUCGAAUCUGGAGGCGGAAUUGGAGAAACACAUGGCAGCUGCCAGUGCUGAGUGUCAGAGUUAUGCCAAGGAGGUGGCAGGGUUGAGGCAACUUUUAUUAGAGUCUCAGUCUCAGUUGGAUGCAGCCAACAGUGAAGCCCAGAAACAAAGCAAUGAGCUUGCUCUGGUCAGGCAGCAAUUGAGUGAGAUGAAGAGCCACGUAGAGGAUGGUGAUGUAGCUGGGUCCCCGGCUGCGCCCACAGAGGCCCCCUCAGCUGAGCAGGACCCCAUCGAGGUUAGGGCGCUGAAAACACAGCUGGAGCGGACAGAAGCCGUCCUGGAGGACGAGCAGACGCGGCGGCAGAAGCUCUUGGUCCAGUUUGAGGAGGCUCAGAAAUCAGCGUGUCAACUACAAGAAGAGCUGGAUAAGCUCCGCAGUGGUAGCCCCCUCACGUCAUCAGAAGCAGAGGUCUCGCAGUUGAAGGAGAGGCUAGAAAAAGAAAAGAAGUUAAGCAGUGACCUGGGACGCGCUGCCACCAAACUGCAGGAACUUUUGAAGACAACCCAGGAGCAGCUCACAAAGGAGAAAGACACAGUGCAAAAGUUGCAGGAGCAGCUGGCCAAAACAGAGGACAGCAGCAACUCAAAGGAGGGCACCUCUGUCUGAAACUCCUCUGCGUGGAAAAAGAAGUUACUGUUCAACUUACCAAAAUGCCUUAUACAUUCCUUACAAAUAAAUAAACCGACCAACACAGCGUUAUCCAGGCCCAACUUCCGGUAGCUCUGAAAGAAGCCAUUAGAGACAGGAGUCUCUUAGAACCACAGAAAUAGAUCUCACAGACCCUGUUUGUAAAAGAAUCUUUGUCACAUUCGAUAAACACUAUUCCCCAGGACCAGCCCUGGACUCCCGCCAGCAGACGCCAAAGCCCUUAUCAGCUCUGUGACAGACCCCAGGGUGUGUGCUGGGGAGGCCGGGACCUCUGGGUAUCUCUAUGUCAAUCAGUGCAAUUGUUCUGUCUUUCGGUGGGGUGAGGGCCGGGGGGGAGGGCAGACCGGGUGGUGAGACUCAAGGGCUGUGCCACAGACUGGAGAACCAUGCCGCAGCCCAGCGAGGCGGCAGCCCCUCACCCCUGGAAGAAGUUGCCAACCACAACUGAUGUGUGACCUCCGGGAUGUUAAUGCCAUUAAAACCAACAUUGUCGCUGGUGCUGCAGUCUCAUGUCAUCUCUGCUGGGG